ACACACACACACACACACUCACACACUCACACACACCACAGGGCUCACACACCUGUUUGCAGGGUUAACACUGUGUCCCAUUCCUGUCCAGCUCCUGCCCUUGCACCACCGCUGGAUAAAGACACUCAGAGCCCCAUGACAACUUCUCUGCUUCUUCUUCUCUUUGUUUUUAUCCUCCAGACUUUUCGUUAAAGUGAAGCAGGACUUUUUGUUUUUAUUGAGGAAACAGCCAUGGAGGAGGAGGAGGUGGUGGAGCGGACAGCCACUGGGAUGGACUGUAACGCAGAAGUGGAAGAGCAGGUUCAGGCAGACAACAGAGUGAGGACAAUUUCCUCCAACCUGAACUCUCACAGUUUGGAUGUGGACAUAGAAGAAAAUACCAUUGAUUUCACAGAAGCAAACCUAACAGCACCAUCUGUGGAACCUCCUGUGAUGAACAGCGUGGAUGCUGCUGCCUUCAUGACUGCAGCUGCUCAAGGCAAACUGGAGGUAGUGGACGAGUACCUGGCAGAUGGUGGGAGUCCGAACGUCCACGACGAGUUGAAGAGGACAGCGUUGCACCGCGCAUCAAUAGAAGGACACACCACAGUCGUCCAAAGUCUUCUGGAAAAAGGGGCAAAUGUCAACUUCAAAGAUCAGCUGGAGUCCAGUGCCGUACAUUGGGCCUGCAGAGGAGGAAGUCUGGAAGUUGUCAAGGUCCUGAAGAGUCAUGGAGCAGAUUUGAACCUCAGAGAUAAGCUACACAGCACACCUCUGCAUGUGGCCACUAGAACUGGACAUGUCAACAUUGUGGAGUACCUGCUGACCUAUGAGGUCAAGGUCAACCUCAGGGACAGGGAAGGAGACACAGCCUUACAUGACGCCGUGCGCCUCAACAGAUACAAAAUAGCAGAAAUGCUCAUCUUUGCAGGAGCUGACACUAAAAUCAAAAACAGUGAGGGAAAGACGGCGGUGCAGCAGGUUAAGGAGUGGCAGCUUGACAUCCUGGAGACACUGCAGAGGCUGGAGCAGAUGAAGGUGGUGGAACACGUGUCAUCUGAAACACCUCAGGAGAGGAGUGAAUAAAAUAUAGGUGUUUUUCAAAAUAUAUUUGUUGUAACUUUCUCGCCUCAGGUUCAAAAUAAAUGUUUUACUUAAUAUGAACUGAGAAUUUUAAAAUCCAUUUACAGCAACUAAACUAUAAUAAUUCACCUUUGUAACUUUUUCUAGCUAGUUAGCUUAAUGCUAGCCUAAAUAACAGAGACAACGGGCCAGGCCAAGCACAGUACAGUCCAGUGCGGUUGGUAUGAGGCUCAGGUGUUAGGUGUUAAUACCAGUGAUAAAUAUAUGUGCUCUGUUAAAGUCAGGGAUUUGGGGGGGUAGGGGAGGCUCAGCAGACAUAUUUUCCCUCUGUCAUCAGCAGCUCAACUGUUCAUCAGGUGGAGGAGCAAACCUCCUGACCCCCCGCCUUAUGAUAAAGGUCUCUUCUGAAUACGAAAUGGAACUCUCACAACUCCCAGACUCUUCUUGGCUGCUCACACCCAUUACUGCAGCUGUUCCCUGGUCUUCAGUGAAUAAACUGUCUUCUGCUGUGGCCCAGACAUCUCUGAAUGAAAAUGUGCAUUUAUAUAAGAUGCUUCCAACGAACGAGAGAUUCAAUAGGAACACUCGUCGGAGAGAUGAGAUUAUUAAAAAAUGCCAUGUCACUUACUGUAUCUGCAACCCUCACGUUUUUUUUUUGUACGAAAACACACUGUGAGCCAAGAGUGUGAGAUACAGUUACUGAACUGUAACAGCGUGACUAAAGGCUGAUGCUGCUGAAUGUUUCAAAGCUUGUGUUCUAUAGGUGCAUGCCAGUGACUGUAUAUGAAGAUGAAAGACAAACCUACACAAACAGGGUUUAAAAAUAACGACAAAAUAUUGCACCAUAGGCAGUGUCCUCUUCUUUCUGCCUGAUUCUGAGCAGUCAAAAAAAGCAGUGAUCAUCAGAACGAUCAGGUCACUUCCUGUUUUACAGCAUCAAAUAACUAAUAAGGACCAAAUCAGACCCAGAAAAAUAAUAAUUUGGACAAUAAUCAGGCUGCUGUUCCAUCAACAGUCCAAAAAACGUAGCUGUGUAGAGCUACCCAUGUUCCCCUCUCGUAAUGACUUGCAGGUAUUUGAUACAGUAUGUACUCACUUUACAUGCCCCCGCCCCACCACACACACACACGGU